AUGGCUUUCCUAAUUGCACUACAGGGUGGUAGCGUCAUAAGGCUAUUCCACAAGGAGCUGGAAGCGUUUGUCGUUGCUGAAGGAUUGUUUGACGAUGAAAUUACUGAAGAUGUACACCUGAGAAUAAGAGAAGUGGAUCAGCUGGUGCCGAAGUCACUCUACCCUACAACCAGUGGGAAUACCUUUUGGCAAGUCGAAACCGAAACCAGUUUGUUGAACGGUGAUGUCAUUCGUUGGGAGCAGCAAAUCAGAUUCCGCCACAUGACUACCAGGCAAUAUUUAUGCAUAACAACUGACCGUAGAGUGACCUUGACAUUCGAUUCCAAAGACCCAAGGACUGUUUUCAGGGUUCAUCCCGUCAUUAAGGAAGUGGAUGAGAUAAUUUUCGACAGCUACGCGCGAAUUGAACACGUCAUCACUGGCUACUGGUUGCACGCCAUGAGGGAUGAAGAAUAUGUGAGAAGGCAGUUGAGGCAAACGGAAAAUGAAAGCGGAGAAUCCCUGAAGAGUUUGAGAUGGGAUGCUGCCUCCCUCAGGAAGAUAUCUGCUAGUGGUGAGAAGGUCUACCACGAUGCUUACACCCUGCAAGUUGUCGAGCCAGCCAACCUGUCGGCAUUCAAUUAUGCCGCUGGCAUGGUUCCUUUCCUACUCAACCAUAUCCUAGAUAGAAACCAGGGCAAGAUAUUGAACGCCAAAAAAACAUUCAAGAUAACUCAGGCGUUGGAAGAGUUGAAAAACUUCAUGAUCGUAAACGGGGUGGCAAUGAAGAAGAGACAAAAGUUGAUGAGGAACUUGAGGCUGAUAGACCUGUUGGUACGAGCCCUGCAGUUUCCACUCCAAGGGGCCCAGGACCAAACGCACCUGACCAAGAUAUUCAAGGGUGCCUACGACGUCCUCUACACCUACAUGAUUGGCAACAGUCGCAAGAACGCCCUCUACUUCGCCAAAUACAUUGACUUCUUUCAAACGCAGAUCACCGUUAAAGUCGGUGAUAUAGGGCUGAAUGUGGCGAAGAUGAUUGCAGAGUUGAUAAGGGAUAACAGAAAGAUUGUUGAUAGGAUCAGUCAAGAACAGAUCGAGCUGUUUGUUGGACUCUUGAAGAUUAAUAAAAACUACCGAUAUCUGGACCUGCUGAACGUGUUAUGUGUGUGUAACGGUGUGGCUAUCACAAACAACCAGACAUAUAUCACGGAGCACUGGCUCAGGAGAGAUAAGGUGACAGAGUGA